AUGUUCGGAAAGACGAACGCCAGAAAAUAUUGGAAACAUUGCACCGAACGGUGCUCCUGGUUUCAGGGCCACCCUUCAUCCAGCUACGCCCGGAAGUCGCAUUUGGUGCCAUUAUCACUUUACGGGGACGAGGUUCAAUCAUUCAAAAAUACAGAAGCGGGCAUCGUCGAGAUUCUGGCCUGGAGCUCUGACUUUACAGCGGGGCAUGCACCUCUCGAGAGGUACAUGCCCAUAUUAUGUAUCUCAGAACAUCAUGUGCACGAAAAGACGUGGGGUGAUGUGUGGUCGGCACUCAUCCCACGUCUUCGUCGCAUGUGUUCUGAAGAUACUUUUCCGUGGAGCUCUUCUGGGUAUCGCUUUAUGAUAUCUUCGCUGCAAGGAGGUUUGAAAUGGCUCAACCAGAAAUUUGAAAUCAAUGCCUUCAACAGCAAUGAGCUAUGCUCCAGAUGUCGGUGUUGCAAAAAUCAUGCCGACGCCGGGAUGACUGUGGGAGAUAUGAGGGUCGAUGCGACGCAUCGGUCUACAAUGGUUUCUCAUGCUGAAUUCUUGCAGGAGAUUCCUGCUGAGGACAGGCAUCCAAUCUGGAGUUUGCCUGGCCUGACGGUGCAUCGGUGCCUACAUGAUGUCUGUCACGGGCAGAUGCUUGGGACUGGCAAGGUUCUGAAUGGAUCAAUCUUGGUCUACUUGGCGGAAGCUGGCCACUUUGGUGAUUUCCCGCAGCAAGGCCAAUAUGAUGUGAAUCUGGACAUGCUUCUUCGCAGGGCCUUUGGAAAGUUCUGUGCAUACAAGAAGAGUCACAAACUGGCGGUUGCAUCCAAGAUCCUAAGCUUCUGGCUGGCAGAGGAAGUUUCGAGCUGGGCUUUGCGACCGUCGGCGACAGAGGUCGACAAACGUGUGGCGACUGUGAUGUAUACAUAUGUUGAGCUCUUCAAGCUGAUGGAUCAGUGCGGUGCUAUCUUUGGAGAAGCUGAAGCACAAGAGUUUCAUGAGAAAGGAUUGCUGCAUCUACAAGAGAUGGACUGGCAUGCGGCGCAACUUUAUCUGCUCGAGUACCAGCUGCGCCAGAUCGCAGCGGACAUGUGCAGUUUGAACCAAAUUUACCAUGACUUGCGUCAUCGCUUGCAUAUGCUGGAGUUAAGAAUCGAUCGACUUCUGCAUCCGAGGGGACACAACAAGUUAGCUCCAGAGCUACAGAUUGUUGUAUUCGAUGAGCUAGAUGAGUGA